AUGUCGGAUGUUCCGAUGCCGCCGGAUCUACUCGCCCAAAUCCUCUCAUGGUUGCCGGUAGCUCCGCUUCUGCGAUUCAGGUCUGUUUCCAAAACCUUUCGUGCCCUAAUUGAUAGCGACUAUGUGAUUAAGCUCCAACUCAAUCACUCACUCCAAACCAACACUAAUCUCAAUAUCAUUUUCGGCGGUGAUAGAACGCUUUGCUAUCUUAACUUAGAUUCAUCUGCUAAAGUUGUAAACAAAAUAGAUAACCCUUUAUACUUUGCAAUUUUCGAAACUGUAAUUUUGGGUUCUUGUAACGGCGUGGUGUGCCUGUGUACGACUGAACCGGAUAAUGAAAUUGCGUUUUGGAAUCCAAUAGUCCGGAAGUUUAAGAAAAUACGGUUAGCCCCAGCGAAAUGUUCAGAAGGUCUUGGUCGAGGAGUAUGCAUCAAGGGUUUUGGUUACGACCAUGUGCACGAUGACCACAAGGUGGUGAGAUUGGUUCAGUAUUGUAGCUUGCAUAAUGAACUUGUUCACUCAAAGAUAGAGGUUUUCAGCUCAAAAACAGAUGCAUGGAGAGAAGUUGGGGAUUUCCCUUACUACCUUUGUUACAGAAGAAACUUCAAUACAUUUACUAAGGGUGCUUUGCAUUGGUUGGUGAGUCGAAAACCUGGAAAGAGGGUUGAUUUUCUGAUUGCUGCUUUUGACCUCACAAAUGAUGAGUUGCGAUUGGUUCCCCGACCUGAACUUUCAAAUGAGCAUUUCCAUGUCAAUUUGGCUAUAUUGGGAGGAUGUCUGUCUAUGGUCUGUCAUUAUCCCAUGAAAAAUGUAGACAUAUGGGUGAUGAGAAGUUAUGGAGUCAAAGAUUCAUGGACUAAGUUGAUUUCAACCACAGAUGUGAAGCUCAUCAGGGAAUUGGAUUUCUUGAGGCCUGUUUCAUAUUCUAGGAGUGGUGAUGAAGUGCUCUUUGAAAAGAACUUUGACAGCCUUUACUGGAGAAAAUCGAGAAAAAAGAUGACAACAAAAGAGAUGACUUUUUAUCCAAGGGGUUCCGGCUUGUACUUUAAAGAAAGAAGAUCGAUGAAGACCUCAUGGGAAAUCAUAUGGAAAGAUGUUUGGGUUUUUCUUUAAAGAUUUAAUGUGUUAUGAAAUCCUGGUGUUAGAGUCUUAACUUAGAAUAGGUGGGUAUGGAUUAGUAAUACCUUUAAUUAGGAGUUUUUGAUGGUUGGAUCCUGUUUAAAUGACUUUACUUGUGUGCAUCCAAGGAUCGUUUGUUGACUUAACAGCUUUCACCGAAGUAUCUGCUUCGAGUAUACAGUAAUAAUACUCAUCAACUGCCUUCUAUA